CUAAACAUGUAACCCUUGAAGUCAACUGCAGUCUCAACUAAUUGUAUUUAUCCCCACAUAGAGGAUUGGUUAUGAACCACAAGAUGGCUGCACUCUGGCUAACGUUAGCUAGCUAGCAAGCGAGCCUAUCAGAGUUAACUAACGUUAGCUAGCUAAAGCUAGUUAUCGCUCACCGGAGGCGAUGGCCACGUAUUUCUUGACGUUGUCGUUCCCCUUGAUGAAGUCCGCAGAAGAAUUCAACGCGUGCUGGUUGACGACGAACGUUCCUCCUCCCACUCACAGGAGCUCAAGAAGCUCCACUCGGUUCAUCACGCACACGCAACAUCGAGGAGAAAAUCCAAAACGUGUUAUGUCAACUGGACCGGGUCAGGGCUACGAUGUUUUUGACAAGUUCAUUAAAUUAUCAUAAUUAUUAGAGACAAUUAUGGGGGCAUUUUUUGCCCCUCUCCAAGUGAUAUCAGGGGCAAAAUUAUAUUUCUUAGGGCCAGUUUUGCCCUUGUGUAUUUCCAACGCUGGUUUAGACAACAUCAUGUAAAUUGGAUGCUGUUUGUUACAUAACACUGACUUCCUGUUGCCAGUAGGUGGCGCUAUGUGACUCUUAGUGACAAUUGGCUUGCAGACAUACUCAGACCAUGACUGUUGUCAAGCAUGGCCAGUUUGGGACAGAUGGAGUUACAUGAGAUUGUUUAAUGGAAAUUCACGUAAAAUGGUCUCCACGCCACGGCUAUACCGCUCCGAGAAACGUAAAGCGUUUGAUAACUUUUAAUCACUACGGUCUUUAGAUUGUACUGACUGACUUUGAAGUGGAUCUGACAAAUCUCCUGGGAGGACUUCGUUACAAUAUAGCACUUAUAGAAAAAUUAAAAUGGCCGACUUCCGGUAUAGUUCAGAGCAUGGUUCGUGUGUGCAGGUGGAACGUAGCGCUAGGGCUGCUUUGUUGUUGUUGGAUGGGGCGCUAUUGAGGCUUUUUUUUUUUUUGAAAAGCCAAAAGCCAUAUCAAAUAUUUAUUUCCAUAACCUUUUUCCAUGUGUUGAAAGGUUGUGACCACCCCAAGAGAAAUCUGCUUAUUUUUUCAACAGCGUUGAACGAGCACUUACAAUAUUCAUGAUGAAAUAUCAUCGAUGUGUUAUGGCUCUACUUACACAAUUUGAGACUAAUCUGGUCAACUGGCUAGGAGACAUCACACUACAUCUCAGAGACGUCCAGCAGCUGUUGGUGGUUCAAGAAGAGGUUCCCCCUGAGCAGCAGGACUGGAGCUCCAGUCUGGACCAGGAGGACCCAGAGCCCCCCCACAUUAAAGAGGAACAGGAGGAACUCUGGAUCAGUCAGGAGGGAGAGCAGCUUCAAGGUCUGGAGGAGGCUGGUAUCAGGUUCUCAUUCAGUCCUGUGACAAGUGACGAUGAUGAUGAAGAGGACUGUGGAGGACCAGAACCAGACCUCCAGCAGCUGUUGGUGGUUCAAGAAGAGGUUCCCCCUGAGCAGCAGGACUGGAGCUCCAGUCUGGACCAGGAGGACCCAGAGCCCCCACACAUCCCCCACAUUAAAGAGGAACAGGAGGAACUCUGGAUCAGCCAGGAGGGAGAGCAGCUUCAAGGCCUGGAGGAGGCUGGUAUCAAGUUCCCAUUCGCUCCUGUAAAGAGUGAAGAUGAUGAUGAUGAAGAGGAAGGUCAGUCCUCACAGCUUCAUCAGAACCAAACUGAAGAGAACAGAGAGGCAAAACAUUUGAAAACAGAAGCUGAUGUAGAGGAAGUCGGAUCCGAGAAACACACUGAAUCCAAAACGGGCGUGAAACCAUUUCAAUGCUCGGUUUGUGGCAAAAGAUUUGCUCGCCAACGUUUUUUAACACAGCACUUGACCGUCCACACGGGAGAGAAACCAUUCAGUUGUUCCGUUUGUGAUAAAACAUUUGCCCGAAAGGGAAACCUGAAAUAUCACAUGACCGUCCACACAGGGGAGAAACCCUUUAGUUGUCCUGUGUGCGGUAAAAAAUUCCCACUGGAGCAAACUAUGAAACGGCACUUAACGGUCCACUCAGAGGAGAAACCCUUUAGUUGUUCAGUUUGUGGAAAAACAUUCCCACUAGAGCAAACUCUGAAACGACAUUUAACGGUCCACUCAGAGGAGAAACCAUUUAGUUGUUUAUUUUGUGGUAAAACAUUCGCACUAAAGGGAAGACUGAAUGAUCACAUGACUGUCCAUACAGGUGGAGAAAGCAUUCAAUUUUUCGACAUCGAGUAAAAAAUGAACAACACAGAAAAGUAUGAAACGACAUUUAAAGUCCACAUGGGAAAAACUAGUUAGUCGUUGAGUUUGCUAUAAAAGAUUCUCUUGUCUCUGCUAUUUAAAAACUCACCAUUGUAUUUGUGAGAGCAUCAGAAAUAAAUGAGACCUGGUUAAACACUUAACUGUCAGGCUGAUAGUUUAUUCAGCUAAGAUGAAGCUUGCUUCUAUGAUAUUGGCUCAUAUGUGAUGUAUUGUCAUGUUUAUAUUAAUAAAAAAUGUUUGAAAUUGGCAAA